AUGACAGCCGGGUAUGUGUUCAACAUCAUGGCGCACAUUUGGGCGUUGUCAAAGGUGAAUCGAGCGGCGAUCUGUCACUACUGGAAGUGGAUGGUGAAAUCCGCCGGGACGUACACGACCUCGCAAUCAUCCUCGCGCUCCGAGUCUUCACAGCCGGGUAGGCGGCUUUGGCUUGGGAAGAGUAGGAAUCGGAGCGCUUGGUACAGUGGGAACUGGUUCGCCGUCCUCGGUGCGACAAGGAGGUUUAGGCCCGGGAAGAGUCGGGAUCGGAGCGCUGGGGACCGUAGGAAUAGGUCCACCGACCUCGCAGCGAGCAGGCGGCUUCGGCUUGGGGAGCGUAGGAAUGGGAGCGCUGGGGACGGUAGGGAUGGGCUCCCCGAAGGUGGUCGUCGCCGUUUGAUGAGGCCACUUCUGGUGUUGUUAAUCGGUAUGCCAACUUCUCAUGAACGAAAUUGGAAGAGGUGGGAACACGAAGACGGCGCCAACAUGAGAGCGAGGGCCAAGCAGAGACUGGGAAGCGAGCUAGAUGAAGCCGGGCAGACUUGGGUGAAGAAUGAGUGA